AUGGAGUUUCCACAGCUACCUGCACCUGUUGAGCGCUUCCUUCAGUAUUCGGCACAGUUCAAGACCCAAGCCGAGCUCCGCAAGGCAACUGAACCUUUCAUUCAGUACGAAUCAAAGCUCAGAGAAGUCUUCGCUCAACACCCUGAUCAUGCAGCAGCUCAAAGGGAGCACCUGAUCCCCGUCUUCCAGGCUGACAAUCCACAGCCCAUCAUCAGAGCCCGGGACCCCUCCAAGGAGACACCGCAAAUCCACGACCAGUAUCUGUUAGCUCUGUCAACUAAAGAUAGAAAGGCGGACGAAAGCCAGGCCAUCGUCAACCAUAUUGCCGAAUUCAAGACGAACUUCAACCUCUUCUCGGAAUCCUCUCUGGUCGAUCUCGACUGGAGCAACGUCAUCGCCGCAGGUUCUUCAGUUGUUACAGCCCUCCUCCCGGUCGCCGCUCCGCACAACGAGUCGAAGCGUGCCUUGCGUGCGUACUACCACCAGACUUUGGCCCCAGCUUCCGAUGUCGACCUCUUCAUCUAUGGCCUCGAUGAGGAACAAGCCAUUGAAAAGAUCAAGACAAUCGAGCAAGCUGUUCGUGACAGCAUCCUUAGUGAGACAACUACUAUCCGGACGAAGAACGCCAUUACCAUUGUCUCAGAGUAUCCAACCCGUCAUGUUCAGAUCGUGCUACGAUUGUACAAGAACAUCACUGAGGUCUUGACCGGUUUCGAUGUCGAUUGCUCGGGGGUCGCCUACGAUGGCAAGCAGGUCCUAGCUACCCCACGUGCCAUGGCAGCCUUCAUGACUCAGAUCAACGGCAUUGACCUGACUCGUCGAUCACCAUCCUACGAGAAUCGACUCUCCAAGUACUCACACCGUGGCUUCGAAGUCCAUUGGCCGGUGAUUGAUCGGGCUCGUAUCGAUCCCACCAUUUACGAAAGAUCUUUCUCUCGUGUGCUCGGCCUGGCUCGUUUGUUGGUCCUCGAAAAGCUGCCUCAUCCCAAUGACCGUGAUACCUACCUGGCCAAGCGCCGCGAAGAGCGUGAUCGACCAGCUCUGCCAUGGAAUGCCCGCUACCGCCACGCCUUGCCUGGUAAUGUCAAAGACUCGCAACCCGACGACGUUGCGGAAUGGGUCGAGGAAUCCGAGACUUCAAACUACAACACCUUCACUGUUCCAUACGGCCCAAAAUACAAUGCAAAGCGGAUCGAAAAGAUACUAUUCACCAAAGAUCUUCUUCUCAACGCUGAAUGGAAUCGACCCAAAGAUCGUGAGACAAAAUUGCACAGACAUCCCGCCUUCUUCGGCUCCGUUGGAGAUGUGAUCCAUGAUUGCUGUGGAUUCUGCCCAAAACCGGAGACGGACGAAGAUCUUGCCGCUUUCGAAGAGGAGAGCAAGUUAUACAUCUCAGGUGAUGUGGAGUUUCUCAAAGACAACCCUGGUCGACAAACGAUCGGAAGUUUCCACCCUUUGACAGAUGACGACUGGACUGAGCAAGCUUACGUAGGCAACACCACAAUAUUGUGUCAGGCAAUCGUCGACAAGGAUCUCGAGGGCGUCAUCGACUGGUUCUCCAAUGGUGAGCUUGAAUCUGUCGACGUCAAUCGCCGUGACCAUGCUGGUAGAACACCUCUUCAGCUCGCUACCAUGUGUUCGACCCCGGAGAUUGUCGAGUACCUGAUCGAUCAUGGCGCUAGGAUCGUCUCGAGGCUGUACAACGGCCUCACUGCGCUGCAUAUCGCCGCAUAUCGUGGACAGACCGAGAUGGUACAAGCCUUACUGGAGCGCAGUUCUGCUAACGAGGCUAUACAAGACCAGAAAGAAGACGUGCGCAGGUCCACAAGAAGGGCUGCGGCUGAAGCAAACAAUGAUAGUGAAGAAAUCAAGUCGGCCGACUCUGAAUCCGACUCCGACAUGGAUGAGACAGAUGAAGAGGAUACCUCUGACGAAAUGACCGAAGGUUCCUUCGUGAAGGUGAAGCCAGAAGAAAAGAAUGACGAGGAUGAAGAUGAGCCUGACGUCUACGACGUUGAUGUUCUAGCUUGGGAUUCACCUCUUUCGCCUUUACACCUAGCCGUCAUCGCCGGUAAGCUGAAAGUCGUGGACCUACUCGUCCAGAAGUACGGAGCCGACGUUCUAUUGCCGGUCAAGAUUCUAUCGAGUCUGGAUCGACAGCCCGAGGCGGCCAUUUUGACUCUCGUCCUCGCAUUAAAGCAGCCAUUAGCUGAAGCACGCAAAAUGAUCGGAUGCCUCAUCUCAAAUGGGGCCAUAACUACACAAGCCGACAUGAACGGAGUCUCUGCCUUGCAUUUUGCGAUCAAAGAUGCGAAACAAGAGAUCGUGCGAGCUCUGACCGAGCGAACGGAUCCUAAUGUCCUCAAGAAGGCUCUCAACCAUGUUAGCAUGACGAAAAUUCGGUACUACAGCACCAACAUUGAAGCCCCGCUGUUAACGGCCGUCCACACUGGAAAAGUUGAACUUGUCUCUCAUCUACUUCGCCUCGGAGCUCAACCUCAGGUAGACUUCGAAGGCUUCGCAAAGGUCUGGUCAUCCCAUCGAUCGUUUCUAUCUCCUGAAGAUGUUCGCAAAGAUUUUGGCAAGAACGUUGAGCAACCGCUGGUUGUAGCCGUGCAGUUGGAACUGCCCGAGAUAGCCAUGAAGCUUGUUGAAGCAGGCGCGGAUAUCAAUGUCUGUCCUCGUGCAGCUCACGAGCUACUUGGGGGGCGGACUUGGGAUGGCGGCAACAACUCCCUUCUCGACCUAGUUGACAAACAAAUUAAGAAGCUCAGCGACUACAUCGACGAGCAAUCCAAAGACUCAGUGAAGCCGGAAGCACCUGCGCCUCUUGACGCCGACGACAGCUACACAAAUUAUCCUCAAGACUCCUAUCGACUGUGGACUGCAAUCAACAACCUCGAACAGGCCAAAGAGGUGAGAAAAUACCAAAUGGAGCAAUACAAGAAAGCGCUGGAGGAUUUCAGCUCCCGUGAGAUUCAAUUUCCAGAGGAGAAAAGAGUUGCAGUUGUAAAAGUUAGGGCGAAGCUUGAGGCCCUGAAGGAGACAUUGCUCAAGAAUGGAGCAAAAAGCUUUCGGGAGCUUUUCCCAAAAGCGCCGGAACCAGAUCCGUUGCGGCAAUACCGCUCUUACGACGAUCGCAAUAGGGAUGGGCCGAAUGAGCCAUACAAGACCACUUUCUGGUUCAACGACUCUGCUGCGACUGACGCAAAGAAGGAGCUAUACAUCAAAUUGUUCGAAGCAGCCUGGACCGGCGACAUCGACACUGUCAAACAGCUGACCCUCGACAGCAUGCAGCCUCUGGCUAUCGCCAUAAGAGACCAAGCUGGGUUCAGUCCAUUUUCAAUUGCUGUGAUUCGUGGGCACAAUCAAUUAGCCCGUGUAAUCCUAGAGAUAUCAACAGUCCAGUACAAGCCAUCGGAUAACGAGCCCAAAUAUCGCUACUUUCUCGGCGCACGUGAAGACGAUAGCGACGUUAGCGACGAUAGCAGCGAAGUCUCUGGUGGUGCAAGCGACGAGCCACACGUCUUCGCGGAAAUCGUUGACGACCGCUUCACCAUUGAUAACAUCGCCACCUUGGGUGACACGGUCAAGUCCAAGGUCUCUCCAGUUGCGAUGGUGGAGUGGAAUGCACAGUGGUGGCGUGCUCAUCAAGGCCAAGCAAAACUCGUCAAGGCUUCUUACGGAUUUCCAGACAAGAGCUAUUACUGCUACCGGGUGGUGCCGAAUUCGUGGGACUAUCUACAAGCUGCCUUCUCGCAGGAAGGAACACGGUGUACUUCUUCUCCGAUCAGGCAUGCCAUCGUGAAGAACGAUAUUGAGUUAUUGAAGUUCUUCAUUCAAGUUGGAAAAGACCUUAUGGCUCGUCAGGAAACGCCUGAGGGUAUUUCGGGAAUCUACAAUAUUCCUUCUGGGGAUUUCGACUUCGCCAUGAGCUUAGGCCGCAUCGAGAUGGUGGGCGAGAUUAUCACAACCUCGGGAGCUGCGAUUCCAUUACAGGCAAUGGUAAAGCAGAGCGGUAUUCAGCUUGACGAGAAGCCGCAGUAUUAUCAAGGCCUGACAGUACAUGGCCGGAAGCGCGAAGACUGGGCUGCGAAAGGUCAACACAACCAUGGUGGGACUGGUCGUGGCACGAAGUCGAAAACAGAAAUUGACCAUUCUCUUGUUCUACGGUCUAUUUUUCAAGGAAACCUGGAUUCGGCGGAGUUCUUUCUCUCGGAUGCGCCCCUCCGUCGGUACAUGGAAUUUGCCGAACGCUAUAAGACAGACAAACGCAUACAGAGUCUGUCCCAAGCCAAGGGAGGAAUCGAAGGAGCACUAUCAUCCUGGCUCGGAAUCCGAUCAGACCUUGCGCUACACGUCGCUGUCAUGUGUGCUCCCACAGAAGCUGGCACAUCGCCUAUGUUUGAUUACAUACUCAAGGCAAUGCCUCACACGAUCGAGGUCAAGGAUGACAGCGGAAACACACCUUUACACACGGCCGUCAGAUUGCGACGCAUGAACAUUGUUAAAGCGCUUCUUGAGGCCGGAGCGAACCAGCUCGCGAGGAACAGUCAGGGUGAGAGCGUCCUACACAUGAUCCUCGGAGACUCUUCGUACAGCAUCCCCGACCCAGACUUGCUCGAUGCCGCCAUUCAGCUUUUUGAUCCAAAGCUCGUGAAUGGGAUGUUCGUUGAGAAGUCCUCGGUUUCAGAGCCAUCGAAGACGCCGCUAGCUUUACUCCUGAACGCCAACACUCGACGUGACACUGCCCUUAAAGCGUGCAGAGUUGUUUUCCGACAUUCUAAGGGCCAGGAUCUUGAGGUACUAGAUGGCGCCGGCGACUAUGUCAUACACACGUUGGUCCGCUCUGCUCAAGAGCAUUUAGUCAAGAGCCUCAUCGAAUACCGCCCUGAGAUGCUCUAUUGGGAGAAUGCCACUGGCAUGACGCCAAUCGAUGUGGCCGAGACGAGAUAUCUACGGAAUCUGAUUGAUGAUCCGCCUUCCCUCAGCAAUACGCAACGUCAAAGUGUGACACAACAGCCAGGGGCGAGUUUCCAGCUUCAUCGGGAACGAACUGAAGACGAUAGAGCCAACGAUGCCCUGAACACCUUCAUUGCUGGCGAAGAAAAGGGGGACAUUGCAGAGCGGAACAGCGUGUGGCGAAUGCACCAUCUCAUGAAGAAAUUGGCGGAGAAGUACCCUGGCAAGCGCAAACUCGUCAGUGUUCUCGACGCGAAUGAAGUGGCGAAGCGUCUGGCGAUUCAGCAGCAGAAGCGAAAUGAGGAGACGAGACGACAGGAACGGCUGGGACUGCAUGCAACAGGAAUGCAGACGAGAGAGCGCUAUGGCGAGGAGUAUGGAAGACGAGGUAGGAGGUGGGGUGAGCUGGAAGAAGGUGGUGAUGAGGUCAAGCGUUGGUGGAAUGAGGCAGCAGGGAAGAGAAAGUGGGAUUGGGAGAAGUGGUCAGCAGAAGUCCUGGGCAAGGAGUUCGAAGGCGCGAAGCGCAGCAAGGGAGAAGAGUGA